AUGGGGGUGAGCGGGCACCUCAGUCUGGGGGUUUUCCUCCCCAAAGCAGAAAGCAAAAGAGUUUAUGGUGUCCAAACUGGUGAUCUGUUCGCCGUCCAUUUGAAACCAUUGGACCCCUUAAUUUGGGCAUAUAAACAGCUCGCUCGCAAGGAGUUCCUUCAUAACCUGCAAAAUAUUCAAAGAAAAGACACUGCGCCUCAGUUCUUCCCCCUUCUAGUACCUAGUAAGCAUCAGAGGGGAUAUCCUUGGAGGCGAAGUAAUGGGACUCUAACGCGCACUUAUCAAGAUCGUAUACCUGCAACUGCCCACCAUAGUCUACAUAUCGAGCAUCGCUGUGGAGGCUGUGCUUGCGAGGCUGUCAUGCUGUUCAACCCAGGCCGAUUUCUCAUGCAUUCCUCACCUCAAUCGGACACGGCGACGGAGCCUACGAAGGCUUGGGACAUCCCAGCUCCUAGUCACCAACAGGAGGCAGGUGCACUGGCCAACGUCGCGACUUCCAGGUUGGAACGCGUCCGAUGGAUUUGA